AUGUCAGUUGGAUCCUUCGUAACAACUAAGCGUCAUGAACCUACUACUUUAGCAUUGCCUAUUGAAGUCCCGGAGUUAAAAUGUGAUACAUGCAAAGCAAAAGAUGCAACAGCUCUUUGUAUGGGAUGUUAUGGCUCAUUUUGUUUUGACUGUUUUACGAAACAUCGUCAGAAAGUUUCAAGAGACUUUGGUAAUUUACUUUGGGAACAUGAGCUGUUCGAAGCUCUAUUUAAACCAUAUUCAGCGCAGACGGCGACGGUAACAACUACGACCACAUCAGCAACAGCAUCAGCUAGAAAAUUCGAUCCACUUAGUGUACUUGCACAAAUUGAUUCAUGGGAACAAGAUUUAGAAUCAAGAAUUAAAACAAUGGCUGCAGCAGCUCGACAAAAUGUCAAAUCUUCUAUUGAUGAACGACAUGAUGCUAUAUUUUGGCAUUAUCCAAAAAUAACAGAUGAUCUUCGUACAAUACAACAAGCAAAGCGGUACGUCGACCGUGAGAGGUCUUCUAUAAAAGAAACACUGUGUGAUAUCAAUAAUAAUAUCGAAAGCUCCUCUAAUACACCGUCACUUUGUUUUCGAUCAGAAAAAAUUGAUUUGACGAAAACUAUGAAGCUAGUUUCAACACGAUCCGGUACUGAAAGACGACCAUCAACAGCAGCAGUAGCUUCAUCAUCAUCAUCUUCUGAUAUAGCACGGCAACCAUUAGAGUUCGCUAAUCUGAGCCAACCAAACGAGCCAUUUGAAAAGGUGGAACGCUUAGGUGGUGGAACGGCUAUUGGUGCAUCAGAUAAAUUCAUCAUUUAUACCGACAUAGAUGAAAAACUCGAAAAAUGCGAUUUAUGUAUGAUCGAAUUAUCAAACAAAUAUCGUGUUGUUAUUCCAUUAGCCGGCGUGGUAGAUAUUUGUUGGUGCGCAGAAGCUGAUUAUUUUGUUAUUUUAACUAAAAGAGAAGUAUAUACGUUUAAUCCGAAUAGAAAACAACUUGAUCCUGUUUAUGAAAUUCAACCACCAAACAAAACUCAGUUUCGGCGAUGCACCUAUGCAGUAGCAGCUUAUAUGGGAUGUGUUGGCAAUGAUCUUUGGUUGGAAAGAUUAAAAGAAUUAGCUGACGAAGCUGGUUUAAUCACGUCCUAUCAAGAGAAGGCAAAUUUACCGACAGGAAAAUGUGCAGUUCUAAUUACACAAAAUGGCCGAUCAAUGGUUGCGGACCCAGGAGCUUCACACCAUUUCUCAUGUGAUUAUUUAGAUAAACCAGACAGUAAAUCUCUAAUUGAAAAUGCAAAAAUAAUAUGUUGUGAAGCAUUUUUUAUUCAAUCAUCUUUUGACUCCCUGAUGGCAUUAGCUGCACACGCACACAGAAAAGAAAAGAUUUUCUGUUUGACAUUAUCGUCGAAAUACAUUGUACAAGAUCGCAAUGGAGAUAAUCUUGUAGCAGCAUGGCAAUACGUAGAUUAUAUGUUUGGAUAUGAAGAAGUGAGUCGAUGGUCUGUACUCUUAUCCGAUGACGUUUCAGACCCUAAUUCUAUAAUUAUAGGAGACAAAAUUAUUUGCCAAAACCCAUCGGGGCGUACAAGUUUCACAUUCUUAACUAAUAUUCUAGCGGAUGGAAUUAAAGAGUACAUAUGGAAUAAGCCAUCAGAUAUGAUUGACACAAAUGGAUGCGGAGAAGCAUUUGCAGGAGGUUUUCUGGCCUAUAUAGCAUUAGAAAAGAGUGUUGAUGAAUGCGUCAAAGCUGGAAUGUAUUGUGCAUAUGAAUGUCUAAAACUGGCGGGAUGCACAUUUCCUGACAAAGUUUCAUUUGACUCAGCGAAACUUUGA